ACCACCAUGGGGACAGCAUCGUCCAUGGUCAGCCCUGGAGAAGUUAUUGAGGAUACAUAUGGCGGUGGAGGGGGAGAAGCUUGUGAGAUUCCGGUGGAGGUGAAGCCUAAGGCACGCCUCUUGCGCAGUUCUUUCAGACGUGGACCAUGGGUGAUUGGGGCUAGUUUUAAAUCCACUGCAUCAGUGGACCUUGAAUAUGCUGCUGAAUAUGAACGUCUGAAGAAGGAAUAUGAGAUCUUCCGGGUCAGCAAAAACAAUGAGAUUGCUUCCAUGCAGAAGAAAGAGGUGAAACUGGAUGAGGAAAACAAGAGACUGAGAGCAGAGCUACAGGCUCUUCAGAAGACAUAUCAGAAGAUCCUCAGGGAGAAGGAAAAUGCGGUUGAAGCUAAAUAUCAGGCUAUGGAGAGAGCUGCUACUUUUGAAAAUGACAGAGAUAAGGUGAAAAGACAGUUUAAGAUCUUUAGAGAAACAAAAGAAAAAGAGAUCCAAGAUUUGCUUAGAGCAAAGCGAGACCUUGAAGCCAAACUGCAAAGACUACAAGCUCAGGGGAUACAGGUGUUUGAUCCAGGCGAGUGUGAUUCCGAUGACAACGACACUGAUGUGACAGUUCCCGGCACACAGUGUGACUAUUGGACAAGUGGAGCCUUAGGAAGUGAGCCCUCCAUGGGCAGCAUGAUGCAGCUUCAACAGUCGUUUCGGGGACCAGAGUUUGCUCACAGUUCUAUUGAUGUUGAAGGACCCUUUGCUAAUGUAAACAGAGAUGACUGGGAUGCAGCAGUAGCUAGCCUGCUACAAGUCACCCCUCUCUUCUCACAGGCUGUGUGGAGCAACACUGUACGAUGUUACCUAAUAAACACAAAGGAUACUCAGCCUGAAGUAGACAUCUUCCUAAAGGAAUACUCUUCAAAGCUACAGAGGAUGUGUGAAAAUUUGGGCUAUUUCUUCCAAGUUGUCUGUUUCCCUGAAGAAUGUGGGAACCAUUACACUGCAGUGCGGAAGUGGGAAAUUGAAAAGAGUUCCCUUGUUGUAUUAUUCAUUUGUUCUUCCUUGACCAGUUCAUUGUGGGAAGACUGUAAGGAAGCAUUUUUGAAGAAUACUGAGGCAAAGCCUCGGAUUGUGUAUCACAAAUUAGAGGGCAGUGCCAGUGACUUAGACUGCAUGCAGCAGUUAAUAGAACAAGACCCGAAUAAAUCAAACAAAACCAAGAUCAUUGACCACAGCGGAGAUCCUAAUGAAGGAGUUUAUAAGGCCUAUUGUCAAGUAGAAAAGGUCAUAAAACAGGAUUUGUUGGCUGCUGAGAUAUCAGACCCCGAUUCCAAAGAUGAUACAGCAAUCCAGGAAGAUGAUGAUUUUGGAGAUGUCCUGUGGGAUGUUCAUGAUGAGCAGGAGCAAAUGGAGGCUUUCCAGCAUGCAUCUCAUUCAACAUGUGAGCUCGGGUUUGAUAAAUAUUAUGAUCGUUUGAAUGAUUUGGUGGCUGCCCCAGCUCCUAUCCCACCUCUCCUUAUAACAGGAGGACCAGGCUCAGGGAAAUCCCUUCUCCUAUCAAAGUGGAUUCAGCUUCAGCAGAAGCAUUCACCAAACACUCUGAUGUUGUAUCACUUUGUUGGAAAACCAAUGUCUACCAGCUCAGAGCCAGCACUCGUCAUAAAAAGACUGACCCUUAAGCUAAUGCAACAUUCCUGGUCAAUCUCAUCAUUCUCAAUGGACCCUGGAAAGUUCUUGGAAGAAUUUCCUCACUGGCUUGAAAAACUUUCCAUUCGCUACCAAGGAAAUAUUAUCAUCAUCAUUGACUCCAUUGACCAAGUAGAGCAUCCAGAAAAGCAUAUGCAAUGGCUCAUUGAUCCUUUACCAGUGAAUGUCCGAGUUAUUGUCUCAGUAAAUGUGGAGACUUGUCCUCAGGCAUGGAGGUUGUGGCCAACUCUUCAUCUCGAUCCAUUAAAUUCUAAAGAUGUGAAGGCACUUUUAAAUCUCGAAUGCAGUGGAGCUGGUAUUGUACUGACCAAAGAACAGGAAAGAAAACUGGAAAGACACUGUCGGUCUGCCACCCCCUGCAAUCCCUUAUAUGUUACUUUGCUGGCUAGAUUUCUCAUUUGGGCUGGGGAUAUGGGAAACAUUACAGACACUUUGCAGCAAUGUUUGCAGUGCCAGGAUACAGUGUCACUAUACAGACUUGCACUUCAAUCUGUGCAGGAGUUCAUGCCAAGUUCAAAAGAGAAGGACUACAUGAGGGAGAUUCUUUGCCUUAUCAGUGUCAGCCACAAUGGUGUGAGCGAAUGUGAACUGAUAGAGCUGUGCUCAGAACUGACAUGGCCAGUAUUAAGUUUUCUGGUGUACCACCUAAAUAAAAUGGUUGUGUUACGAUACAGCUGUGGUCUGCUCCAGUUUCAGCAUUUGCAGGCAGAAGAGGCUGUGAGAAUGGAGUAUAUGCAAGGAGGUCAAAAUAUUGUCUCCGAGUACAGAGAGAAACUUGUGCAGUACUUCACCAUACAAUUAAGCUGUGACCGUGUGACAUGGAGGAGUGCAGAUGAGCUCACUUGGCUGUACCAGCAACAAGGCGAGAAACAGAAGCUGCACAGAUGUCUAAUGAACCUCUUUGUGUCCCAGAAUCUCUAUAAAAGGGGGCAUUUUGCUGAGCUGCUCAGCUAUUGGCAGCUUGUGGGUAAGGACAAAAUAGCCAUGGCUACAGAAUACUUUGAUGCUUUGAAGCAACAUGAGAAGCUCUGUGAAGGAGAGGAGAGCAUGACCUGCUUGGCAGACCUGUAUGAAACACUUGGACGAUUUCUCAAAGACCUUGGUCUUCUCAAUCAGGCUGUGACACCUCUUCAGCGCUCGUUGGAAAUCCGAGAAACUGCUCUAGACCCAGACCAUCCCAGUGUAGCUCAGUCUCUACACCAGCUGGCAGGUGUCUAUGUACAGUCCAAAAAGUUUGGGAAUGCUGAGCAGCUGUAUAAGCAGGCUCUGGAGAUAAGUGAGAAUGCCUAUGGCAGUGAACACCUGAGAGUGGCCUGGGAACUGGAUGCUCUGGCUGUGCUAUAUCAGAAGCAGAACAAAUAUGAACAAGCAGAACAGCUAAGGAAAAGGUCAUUAAGGAUUCGACAGAAAGCAGCGAGAAGAAAAGGCAGUAUGUAUGGGUUUGCAUUAUUAAGACGCCGUGCUCUUCUGCUGGAGGAAGUAACGCUGGGCAAAGACACUGCAGACAAUGCUCGAACACUGAAUGAACUUGGAGUUUUGUAUUACUUACAGAAUAACCUUGAAACAGCAGAAAUGUUUUUUAAACGUUCACUGGAAAUGAGGGAACGGGUCCUGGGUCCAGAACAUCCAGACUGCUCACAGUCUCUCAACAAUCUGGCUGCUUUAUACAAUGAGAAGAAGCAAUACGACAAGGCGGAGGAGUUGUAUGAAAGAGCAUUAGACAUAAGAAAGAGAGCUCUGUCUCCAGACCAUCCAUCAUUGGCCUAUACAGUAAAACAUUUAGCUGUGCUUUACAAAAGAAAAGGAAAGCUUGACAAAGCCGCACCUCUGUAUGAACUCACUGUAGAAAUCCGACAGAAGUCAUUUGGUCCCAAACACCCGAGUGUUGCUACUGCCUUGGUGAAUCUUGCCGUAUUGUACUGUCAGAUGAAAAAACAAGUGGAAGCUUUACCUCUCUAUGACCGUGCCAUGAAGAUUUAUGAAGACAGCUUGGGGCGACUGCACCCUAGGGUUGGAGAAACACUAAAGAACUUAGCUGUACUAAGGUACGAAGAAGGUGACUUUGAAAAGGCAGCAGAGCUGUAUAAAAGAGCCAUGGAAAUUAAAGAAGCUGAAACAUCGGUGUUGGGGGCUAAAGCUUCCUCUGGGCACUCCUCUAGUGGGGGAGACACGUAUAGUCUCAGGAACACUUUACCAGUCAAUGUCUUCACUGAAUGAUGAGAAGAA